AUGCCUGUCGCACUAGCACCACCACAGAACUCCGGUCCAGUGUUCUACUUGAUCGGAGAUGAAGUAUCAACCGCCCAGUCUGUAACACUUGAUGCCAAGUGGAAGCUGGAAGAUGUUAAGCGUGCCGUGGGAGCAGUAUUCCAUGUGGCUGCACCACUAGGAUUGACCUUCCACCUCGGUGAUAACGAACAAGAGCUUUCCACAGUCGAAGAGAUCCUCCGCGCGCCCUCAUCACAAACCACACCUAUCGGUCUCCGUGUCGAUGGACAGGCAGUUCAAAAUCCCCAAGGUCCCGACGGCUUGCCUCUCGUCGGCAGCUUCUACGAGAUCUUCCCCGAUCACCUCGGUAACCACUAUCGUCUCUUCCGCAAAUACGGCCAUGUCAUCAAGACCACGAACAUGGGCAAGACCACAUACUUGACCGAUAGCCCCGAAGUGGCAGCCGUUGCUCUGACCGAGUCUGUCUAUAUGACCAAGAAGAUCAACGAGAGCCACCCUCUCUGGGGCGUUAAGGAUAACACAGCUAUCUUCAUUGGAGAUACUGAGACCGAGAACUGGCGGUUGGCUCACAAGUUCUUGCCUCCUGCCAUGGGCCCUAAGGCAGUUCGUCAUUACACCCCGUUGAUGCAAGAGUGUGCGCGCAAGUCCUUCGCAGUCUUCGAUGAGCUUGAUGCUCGUGGCCAGUCCUGGAACGCCUACCAGUACAUGGUGAAGCUUGCCUCCCAAACCGUCGGAAAGUUCUCCCUGAAUGCCGACUUCGAACACUUCAACGCUGUCGAUUCUCCAUUGCACCCUAUUGUCACCAACAUCGCCAGCUUGCUAUCUCUUAACAAGAAGAUUACCUCUCGAGGUGAAUGGUACCGUCACCUGCCCUUUGGCGAUCCCGCUCGUCUUAAGCUUGUCCAGAAGACCAUCUACACUCUUCUCCAGGAGAAGAUUGAACUCGUCAAGGGUUCCGGCAUUGAAGGCAUGCCUAUGGCUCAGGCCGCAACCGAGGCAUCCUGCGUGGUCGACUACCUCCUCAACACCGUUGACGAAAAGGGCGAAAAGUUCCCCGAAGGCCUGAUCGUCGCCAACAUGCUCAUUGUCACAGGUGCUGGAUUCACCACCACCUCGGCUCUGAUGUCAUGGCUCCUUUACUGCCUUGUCACCUACGAAGGCGCCCAAGACCGUCUAUACGCAGAACUGUGUGAGCGCGGCGUUGCCAAUGGCGACGUUGAAUGGACUCCCGAGUUUGCCCACAGCCUGUCGUUCCUUGACUGCUUCGUCAAGGAAACCCAGCGUCUGCACAACGCCUCCUUCCAGCCCGGCCGCACAACCAAAACCGACGUUGUUCUGCCUGGUGGCUACCGUCUUCCCCCCGACAGUGUUAUUAUCCCCAACCUGUACGCUAUUCACACCAACCCCGAAGUCUGGCGUGAUCCCUUCCACUUCGACCCCGAUCGCUGGUCUUCUGAUGAGACCAAGGACAAGCACCGUUGCGCUUAUAUUCCUUUCGCUACUGGUCCUCGUGGCUGCAUUGGAUUCAACUUUGCACUGCUCGAGGUUAAGAUCUUGUUGUCGGAGCUUGUCUCUCGCUAUGAGUUCACACGGGAGGGUCUUGAGGCUAUCGACUAUGAUCCCGAGUUCCAGUUGAUCCGCCCAUUGAACUUCUACGUUCGGGCUAAAAAGAGAACUACCACUGCUUAG